ACGCGCACGCUCUCAACGCCCAUUUCCGCUGUUUCGAUUCAAUCUUCCUCCUCCCUCAUGCUCUUCUUCUUCUUCUUUCUUGAAUCGUUGCUCCGCAAAUCUCAAUUUCGUCGACGAUAUGGCAUAUUUGCUUCUGCACAUGCACGGCGUGAAGAAGAAAUCGCCGACCGAUGGUUCUCUCGCCGGUAGCCUAUCGUGAGUCACCUCCAGUGCGUUCUCUCCGCGUACGGAGACGGGGGCCGUCAAAUCACGACACACUUGCAUUUCAAAUUCCGCGAGUGUAUGCACGCAGCACAAACCCGAGCGUGUGGAAAAAAAUUCCACAAGCAGGAAGACCAAAGCGGUCCCGUUUAGAGCGCCAUCACAUCACAUGUGACAAUAUCUAUAACAAAGUAUAUAUUAAUUUCCUAUAUAUGCUACCCCAGGUAACGCUGUUUCUUGCAAAAUUUCACAAUUGCCUCUCCACCCCUGGCCCUGCCAAUUUUCUUUCUCUGGAUUCUAGUGUGAGAAAAAACUGUACAAAACCAGACCCCAGAAAACUAUACUACAAAACAGCACAAAGUUGAAGAAAAGGUGGUCAAAGUCUUCUAAAUUCCAAGAAAGGGAACCAAAUGUUACGCCCAAACAGAAAAAUUCUAUCUUCUUGAGGUUUGUGUGUGUAAUCGUCGGAAAUUAUGGUGGUUCCUGGAGCUGUUGGAGCAGGAGGUGUAGGUUCUGGUGCUGGGGGUACCAGUAGUCCAACUGUGGGGGGCUCCUGCAGGGACGUAAAUUUGAAGUGCUUGUUUAGGUGGAGAUGGGAGUAUCAACAGCACUUGCUUCAUCAGAGAUUUCUGUCGUCUGAGUUGGUGUUCUUUUUGUGCUGCUUGGUUUUGUAUGGAUCGAUUGGUAUGCUUUUUGGAUGGCUUAUGUUUAAUAAACCUUACGUGGGUGCUGGUGGGGUUGUUGGGUUGAGCUCGGUUGGUUGUCAAGAGGACAAUGAGGGUUCGUGGUCAAUUGGUCUUUUCUAUGGUAACUCUCCCUUCUCUUUGAAGCCAAUUGAAACCAUGAAUGUUUGGAAAAAUGAAAGUGCAGCCUGGCCAGUGGCUAACCCAGUUAUCACCUGUGCCUCAGUCUCAGAUUCUGGUUUCGCCAGUAAUUUUGUUGCUGAUCCUUUUCUCUAUGUUCAGGGAGAUACUCUCUACCUAUUUUAUGAAACCAAGAAUUCAAUUACCAUGCAAGGAGAUAUUGGAGUUGCAAAAAGUACUGAUAAUGGAGCAUCGUGGCAGCAAUUGGGCAUUGCCUUGGAUGAGGAGUGGCAUCUCUCUUAUCCCUAUGUAUUUAACCAUCUUGACAAAAUAUACAUGAUGCCUGAGGGCAGUGCAAAGGGGGAACUUCGCCUUUAUCGAGCAGUUAAUUUUCCACUGCAAUGGACACUGGAGAAAAUCCUUAUAAAAAAGCCACUUGUUGAUUCCUUCAUCAUAAAGCAUGAUGGAGAAUAUUGGCUUUUUGGUUCAGAUCACAGCGAUUUUGGAACAAAGAAAAAUGGACAGCUGGAAAUCUGGCAUAGCAGUUCACCACUUGGUCCUUGGAAACCACACAAGAAGAAUCCAAUUUAUAAUGUCAACAAAAGCUUGGGAGCUAGAAAUGGAGGCAGACCAUUUUUGUACAAGGGAAAUCUUUAUCGUGUUGGUCAGGAUUGUGGUGAAACAUAUGGACGCCGGGUGCGAGUCUUCAAGGUAGAAAUUCUUACCAAGGAUGACUAUAAAGAAGUCGAAGUCUCCCUGGGCUUUGAAGAGCCCAGAAAGGGGCGGAAUGCUUGGAAUGGUGCUCGAUACCAUCAUCUUGAUGUGCAGCAGUUAAGUUCUGGCCAAUGGAUUGGGGUUAUGGAUGGUGACCGAGUACCUUCUGGGGACCUGGUCCAUCGAUUUUUAAUUGGCUGUGCUUCACUUGCAUCAGUUGCUGCCAUUGUUGUGGUCUUGGGCUUGCUGCUAGGAGCUGUGAAAUGUAUCAUCCCCCUCAACUGGUGUGCUUAUUACUCGGGGAAGAGGAGUGAUACUCUCUUGGUCUGGGAAAGGUCGAAUGCAUUUUCUUCAAAGGUAAGAAGGUUUUGCGGUCGCUUGAACAGAGCAGCUUCAUCUCUCCGCAUAAAAAUAAGGCUUAAUACGUGGGCUGGAAGAUUGGUUUUGGCUGUGAUAUUUACUGUUGGAGUUGUACUGAUUUUUACAAGUGUUAAAUACAUCUAUGGGGGCAAUGGUGCUGAGGAACCUUAUCCAUUAAAGGGUUCCUACUCUCAAUUUACUCUGUUGACAAUGACAUAUGAUGCUCGCCUCUGGAACUUGAAAAUGUAUGUUAAGCAUUAUUCAAGGUGUUCUUCGGUUAAAGAGAUUGUUGUGGUUUGGAAUAAGGGUAUACCCCCAAAAUUGAGCGAUCUGGACUCGGCGGUGCCUGUUAGGAUCAGAGUAGAAAAAAAGAACUCAUUGAACAAUCGGUUCAGAAAGGAUGAAUUGAUAGAGACCCGUGCUGUACUUGAGCUUGAUGAUGACAUUAUGAUGACUUGUGAUGAUAUUGAACGGGGAUUCAAUGUAUGGCGUCAACAUCCAGAACGGAUUGUGGGGUUCUAUCCCCGACUCAUUAGUGGAAGUCCAUUGAAAUACAGAGGUGAGAAAUAUGCCCGAAAACAUAAAGGUUAUAACAUGAUUCUUACUGGAGCAGCAUUCUUAGACAGUAAGUUAGCUUUUGAGAUGUAUUGGGGUGAGGGAGCUAAGGCUGGGAGGGAAUUGGUGGACAAGUAUUUUAACUGUGAGGAUGUUCUAUUGAAUUACUUGUAUGCAAAUGCAAGUACAUCUGGUACAGUUGAGUAUGUGAGACCAACAUGGGCAAUAGAUACAUCAAAAUUCUCUGGUGCUGCAAUUAGCCGAAAUACGCAAGUACAUUACAAGAUCAGAAGUAAUUGCCUCCAGAAAUUUUCUGAGAUGUAUGGAAGUUUAAGUCGCCGGAAAUCAGAAUUUGACGGGCGUAAGGAUGGCUGGGAUUUAUAGUGCAAAGCUAAUUCUAGAAGCAAGUCAGUCAGUUUCAUACUUUCAAUCUUUGUGUAUUGUCAUCCUUUUGGUAGAUUCUUAUCUUGUUACUAUAGUUUUAUACCCUGCUUGUGAAGAUUUUUAUUUUGGGGGGGAUUUUAAUAUUUAUUGUCUUUGUUUGGCAACAUGUACAUUAAUCUUUACCCAUUUUGAGAGUUGAUAAGAUAUGUAGAUUGGCUUUUGUCAUUGCCUUCUGUUAAACAUUUUUGUUUUUUUUUUUAUGGAAGUUGAUAGAUCAGAAAUGAAAAAUUGGCUUGAUCAUGUGUUUUUUUCUCUA